AUGGGGGGGACAUCGGCUAAGGCCUCGGGGGCCAGGUGUCUUCCUUUGAGGUUCGCCAAGAAACCUCUCAAGGUGGAAGACGUCAUGAAGCUGCUGUGCUGCAUCGCUGAGGAGAGGGAAAAAGGGAGCUUGAAGCCAACUGUGGGUAGAAUGAUUGGUGGUCUUGUCGGAGGCCCACCUGGAGCUGCUGUUGGGGAGGCUGUUGGGGGCCUCUUAGAUACAUGGAUGAUAAGCGGACAGUUCAAGCCAAUACCUCAGACCAUAAUGGAGCUGCCACCUGAUAAGAAGCAAAAACUCUAUAAAGAAGCCAGGGCCAUCCUCAAGCACCUGAAGUGGAGGGACACUGAACACCUGACCACAUUGGUCAUGGGCAGCGAGGCCCUGAAGAUGCAGCUGCUGGCCAUGCUGGAAAAGUGCCUCAAAGGCUGAAGUCCAGUACAUUGAUUUCAAAGCUAUUUCUAGAAUGCAGGGGUCUCAUUUAGAAGAUUCUCCACAGGGUGGUGGGCCAUUUAGAUGGUUUUCCUAACUCAUAGAGGUGAUUGGGAGUUGGGGGAAGCCUCACCCAUUCAUUGCUCAUGGCUUGGGUCCAACUCUCCCAGACCCAGGGAACACGGGGUCCUAGUCAGUGGUCCUGCCCUGGUGCCCACUGAAGUCCCUCCCCUGGCCGGCCUGCAU